AUGACCCUUGCUGUGCGCUCCCUGGCGGUCUUGCACGUUUCCUCCGCGCGCUCAGCAGCAGCCAAUUGCACCAGGCUACUACAUGGACAGAAACGAUCCUUCCAUGCGACCACUGCCCGUUCACACAUAUCCUAUCUUGUCGCGGGAUCGUGCUCCGCAAAGGGCAGCCGGUUCAACGCCGACAAGCACACGUACGUCUUCAACCCCGCAAGCCAAGAUGCGAUUGGCGUGGUGUUAGACGACACGCACCUAAGCCCGGUGAACCGGCGAUACGGCAGGCCUGGGAGUGGUGAAGACGCUUUUUUUGCGAGUCGAGUUGGUGGUAAUUCUGGAGCGAUCGCGUUUGCGAUUGCCGAUGGAGUGGGCGGGUGGGCCGAGCAUAAGGUUGAUCCGGCUGAUGUCUCGCAUGGCUUGUGCACGUAUAUGGCGCAGCAUGCUUUGAGUGUGGACAUGGCUGCGCAAGAUGUGCUGCUGCGGCCGAAGGAGUUGCUUCAGAAGGGGUAUGACGCCGUGCUGGCGGACGAGGUGAUCAAGGCUGGAGGGACGACAGCGUCGGUUGGGAUUGCGCAGGCAAAUGGGAACGUUGAAUUAGCCAACCUUGGAGACUCCGGCUCAGCGCUCUUCAGGCUUGGAGCAGUGCAUCAGUACUCAACACCGCAAACUCAUGCGUUCAACACCCCCUUCCAACUCAAUGUCAUCCCACCACAGAUGCGCCAGCAGGCGCACAUGUUCGGCGGAAUGUAUUUCGAAGACCAGCCGCGAGACGCGGCCGUCUCCACGGCUUGUAUGCAGGACGGCGACGUGCUGGUGCUAGCCACCGACGGGGUCUUUGAUAACCUAAACAACCAAGAGAUUUUGAAAAUCGUGACAGGCCGUAUGGUACACGGCGGGGCAUGGAAGGAGACGCCAGAAGGGGGGAUCAGCGUGACUGGUAAACUGCAAGCGAUGGCAGAUGUUUCAUCUCUUCCAACCCCCCCUGCUUCACCAGCGCCGUCUUCAUCGUCAUCGAGCUCGGCGAUGUCGAAAACAGGCAGCCACCAUACACUCCCCGGACUCGUUGCGUCGUCGAUAGUCCACGAGGCGAAACGCGCGAGUCAUGAUAUCCGUCGCGACGGACCGUUUGCCAGAGAGGCACAGCGGUAUUUCCCCGGUCAUUGGUAUCGGGGUGGCAAGGUGGAUGAUAUCUGCGUGCUUGUCAUUGUGGCAGUUGGCGAGCAUGUAUAA